AUCAUCUCAAGUUGACUGGAUUUGUCGAGAAGCUGCUUGUGCAGGCUAAUCUACCUGCAAACAAUGCUCAUCGACUCCUCUUGUGAGUCGAUCGAAUCAAAUAAUCAUGUUGUACAUGAUGAUGAGAGUCAAUUUUAAAACAUUUGUUUUGAUACUUGUCGUUGGAGUCCUCAGUUCUAUAUUCACAUCAUGGAACAACUGCAGUAGUUCAUUCUUUCUUAGAAAUUCAGAUUGGAAAUCGCAGUUUCAGCAUAGUGAACAUUCUAACAAUGAACUGAGUUACCAAGAAAUUGACUGCUUAAUCAAUGGCCGAAAAAUAAUAAGCUGCCGAAAAGAGGGAGAUGAAGUCUACAUUCCAUUUUCAUUUAUACACAAUUAUUUCGAGAUUUAUGGAAAGAUAGUAAAUAAUGAUGGACUCGAACGGUUUGACUGGUACCAUAGUUAUUCCAAAAUCAUCAACAGAAAGGUGAAAUAUGAUUCUCGUGGAGUGUUUAUGACUUUUGAAAAUUACAAUGUUGAAAUCAGAGAAAGAGUGAAAUGUAUAAGUGGCGUGGAUGGUGUGCCCAUUUCAACGCAGUGGGAGAGCCAAGGGUACUAUUACCCAACUCAGAUAGCUCAAUUUGGUUUGUCACAUUACAGUAAAAAUUUAACUGAACCAGAAUCUGUGAAGAAAAUCAUCGAAGAUGCCGACAAGGUGAGACAAGACUGGAUUGUACCACAAGGUUCAGUGAUGAGUCGAAUUUAUGAUAAAAGAGUAAACAGCUAUGUAAUGAAGUAUGCAACCCCAGAAACAACCUCUUCGGGAAUUUCCAUUAAACUCGAUCACAUUUUAAAACUAAUGUUAAGGCUUGAUCUCUGUAUCAAAGAUAAUGGCAGCGUAACAGUAGAAUUACAGAUGAGAGAGAAAAAAGACAUGUAUUACCUGCACUACGUAACAAAUAAUAUGUUAAUAUACACCUACAACAAUCAUAUUUAUCAUGGGAUAGGGCGAGCAUUUAAUCAAUGGAAACAUUUAACCAGAGACUUGAUGAUUGAUUUACAAAAAGGUCUGAGCCUUAUUGAUAAAACAAAAAGAAAGUUAUCAAGAUCCAAGCUUAAAGUUGUUAGAAUAAUACUAAAUGGAUCAGGAAUGAUAGAUAAUAUUACUUUGUCGAUAAGUGAACACAUGGAGCAAUUUUAUGACGCAGCUCGUUGGUUCGUUGCCAAUCAGAACAUAACUUCUGGUGGCUGGCCCAAUCCUGUAAAAAGAAAAGUUGCCAAUGGGAUGGCUAUUCUUGAACCUGGAUGGUAUUCAAGUAUGGGUCAAGGACAUGCGAUUUCUUUACUAUCGCGUGCUUAUUACAAUUCUGGGGACGAAAAGUACCUGCAGGCUGCCGUCAGAGGAUUGCGGCCUUUUCGAGUGGCAUCGAACAAAGGCGGCGUAGCAGCUUACUUUUUGGAUAAAUACGUUUGGUACGAGGAGUAUCCCACGGUGCCUUCAUCGUUCAUACUCAAUGGUUUUAUAUACUCCCUGAUCGGCCUGUACGACUUGAAGAGCAUUGCGUCGGGGGAGGACGCGGAGGAAGCUCAGAAGUUGUUCGACCAGGGUAUGAAUUCGUUAAAAAAUAUGCUUACUCUUUUUGACACGGGCUCUGGAACGACUUACGACCUCCGCCACUUCACGCUGAGAACGGCGCCCAACUUGGCCCGUUGGGAUUACCAUUCGACUCAUGUCAAUCAGCUGCUUUUGCUCAAUACCAUCGACAGUGAUCUUAUUUUUUCAACAACCGCUGAGCGCUGGAUUGAUUACAUGAGCGGUAAAAAAGCAUCGCACAAUUAA